CCAACAACAUGGAGGCGUGAAGCGCUGUCAUUUCAUUGUCACUCAGAUGUUUGUUUGGGGUUUUUGUGGUUUGGUUUUUGGCUCAAAGACUCAAAAGGGGAAGGACCCGAGAGGUGGAUGCUAGUAACGUGGCAGCUGCUGUGGAUGAUAGACGAGAGCUCGAGAAGGCUUUGACACAGGAAUUCUAUCUGAACUCAGGUCCAUGAUGGUGUGCGUGCUCCCAGUUGUCCUCCUGAUCACAUCAUCAGCCUUGGUGUCCUCCUUAGGGACAGUUUCUUUGCUUUCAUGCCAUCCUCGAUGGUUCCUGUUCGGGCGGAGAUGUUUGUCUUUCUACCCAGUGUGGAGCUCCUGGAGUGAUGCCAAUUUUCUAUGCUCUCAGUCUGGAGGUGACCUUGUAUCCAUCCACACGCCAGAGGAUCUGCAGUUUGUUGCCCAGGUAGCAAACACAAGCGCUCAUGUGUGGCUGGGCGGUUACCAGGAGCAACAGAACGGCUCCUGGUUCUGGACUGAUGACACGCCCUUCAGCAUCAGCAGCUGGAUCAGUGGCACAAAAACAGCAGGAGCAGCUGGGGCUUGUAUGGAAAUGACACGUAAUGAUGGAAAGCUGCAAAGCGCCCCGUGUGACGAGCUCAAGUUCUACAUCUGCUCCAUGAACGCCAGCUCUGCUGUCAUUGAAAGCACCGAGGAGCAGACUGAACCAGGUAUUGUCCCCGGCGUGGAUUUGUUUGAUGUCCUUUGGAGCAAAAGUGAUGCACUAGCAGAGGAGAUCCUCCGCUCGUCCUCCUUCCUCAGAGAGCUGCGGUCUGGUCAUGUGACAGAGCAGUGCUACUCCAGCUUCAUGCAGCAGGAGGCGCUGUAUUUGACCCGAGUGAGAAGCACUCUAGAGGUCCUUAUUGGUAAUCUAGAGGAGACUGACGACAUUAGGCCACUGCUGCUGGACACACUUAAACUCUACAGCAGGACAAACCAGAGACUCCUGGCUUCACCUCCCACACAGUGGCUCCAUUAUCCUCUCCAACUGUACCACUCUGUGGUUUUGGAGGAGCCGGUUUAUUGGUUAGUGGCUCUGUCGGCCCGGUCCUGUCUACGUUACUUCCUGGCUCAAGAACUGCUCGAAGAGCCGCUGAUGUCCAGGUCCAUGACUAACAGCUUCUACCAGGAGUGGACCAAAGACAGCAUGAAGGAAGUCACCUGGAUAAACAGGUACAAAAAGGUGAUAAAGGAGAAUCAGGAUCAUAUGGAUGUAUUUAAAGCCAUCAAUAUCUUCAGAGAGCACAUGAUGGCCCAGAAGGCUUUCUACAAGGCUCUGGUCUGUUCAUCUGAAGAAGGCAAACAAUGAAGGAGUGAAGCAAGACAGACGUCAUUUCUGGGAUGAAGGAAACAACUUUAACUCUCUUCAAUCAAGAAAGCUUGAUCAAACAAUCGCUGCGUUCUGAGAAGCUUGGAAAGAAAAGCAACUGGACUUCUUUGUUUCACGUUUCAUCUCUGAGGUGAAACGUCAUCAAGAAUGGUAAAUGGCCUGUAUUUGUAUAGCGCUUUACUUAGUCCCUAAGGACCCCA